GUCCCUUAAAAGUGCCAGCACUCCAAUUAUUGGAGUUUCCAAUCUAUUUGUCAUGUUCAUCUAUUUCAGCCAUUUCUAACUGAGAAAGAAAGCAAGAAGUUCAUUCUCCAUUUCUCUGCCAUCUUCAGUUUGCAAAAAAUUCUCCGAAGCUCUGUUAUUUCCAGUGUUCAUUUUGUUCAUAAAAAAAAAAAUCUUCUUCUUUGGGAAAAGUUAUCUGAAACUCGCUUAUUUCAAUUUCAAGUGUUAAAAAUAAACUUCUUUGAUAAGGCAUACUCCUGAGUGUUCCAAGUUCUUGCUCUUUUGGUGUUAUUGUUUGUUGUUCUUUGGAGUUUCUUCUUCGACCCUUUACAAAAAAAAAAAAGAAAGAAAGAAAGAAAGAAAAGAGGAACGAUUCUCCUAUUUGUUCUUCUAAAAAGAAACUCAAAAAAAAAAUGGCUUCUGUUGAUUCAGCUGUUUCAAUUGCUGUCGAAAUUGCAAAAUGCUUGAUUGUGCCCGUUGGACGUCAGUUUGGUUAUGCAUUAUUCUACAGGAAGAACAUCCAGGCUCUCAAAAGUGAAGUUGACAAGCUUCGUGAUGCCAGAAUCGGUUUUGAGAACCGACGAAGUGCUGCUGAACGUGACGGAGAAAUUGUCGAAAACGAGGUCGUGAAGUGGCUCGACAAAGUUAAAGGCUGAAGAGGAGAAAGUGAACGACCAGUUAAAGGACUGGGAUGUUGCAAUAAAGAGAUGUUUCAACGGAUGGAUCCCCAACCCGAAGACCCGCUACUUGAUUGGUCGAAAGGUGAAGAAAACUAUGCUGGCUAUCCAGGAACUUCGAGGAGAAGGCAACUUUGAAGUUAUUUGCCAUCCUGAUGUGCCAGAAGGGGCUGUUGUCGAUCCAACCACGAAUCAGGGACGUCGAGGAGAAGGCAAUCCUGUGCCAGAAGGAGCUGUCACCACAGUGCCAGAAGGAGCUGUCACCACAAUGCCAGAACAAAAACCAGUGCCAGAAGGUGAAGAUGCGCCACCAGUUGAAGGGGAUGUCAUCGACCCAACCAUGAAACAGGACUAUGUGUUUGAUUCAAGGACUUCUCUCUUGAAGCUUGUCGUGGAAUCUCUAGUGGAUGCUGACAUCAAUGUGGUCGGAGUUUAUGGCCCAGGAGGUGUGGGUAAGUCCACACUAAUGAAACAAGUUGUGAAUCGCGUUAGGGCGGAGAAGCUGUUUGAUGAGGUAGCAAUGGCGACAGUAUCCGCAAAUCCGGACCUGAAGAGAAUUCAGGGAGAAAUCUCGGACAUGUUGGGUUUAAAGUUCAAAGUCGAAAGUGUCCAUGGAAGAGGAUUCCAACUGAGGAGUAGGUUAGAAAAAUCUCAGUCUCAGAACAAAAAGGUCCUCGUAAUCUUGGAUGAUCUCUGGAAAGAGCUUGACCUGGAAGAGGUGGGAAUCCCUCGCAUCAAGGGAGUCAAAUUGCUGCUCACGUCUAGAAACCAAGAUGUGUUAUCUAGUAAAAUGGGUUCACAACGAAACUUUCAGGUUGAAGGUCUAAAAGACACUGAACCAUGGAAGUUAUUCAGAACGAUGGUGGGCGACAUAGCAGAUGAUCCCAAGGUGAAACCCAUAGCAGAGGAAGUGGUUGAGAAAUGCGUUGGUUUGCCCAUUCUACUAAAGGCGCUUGCAACCACGUUGAAGAAUAGCAACCAUUCUCAGUGGGAGGAUGCAUUGGAGCAACUCAGACGAUCGAAGGAUGUUUAUUCAAGUCUAGAGCUGAGUUACAACAACUUAGAAAGCGACGAACUCAAAACUCUGUUCCUUAUCUGUUCCUCAUUGGGCAAAGGACAUGUAUUGCUCGAUGAUAUACUCGUAUACACUGUGGGUUUGGGUCUUUUUGAAGGUAUCCCCACAAUGAAAAGAGCAAGAGAGAGACUAAAUGUGUUGCUCCACAACCUUCAAGCUUCCUCACUUUUGCUAGAGUAUGACGACAGUGAUUAUGUCCGGAUUCAUGACAUAGUUCGUGAAGUAGCCACCAUUAUUGCGUCAAGAGAUCGGCACAUAUUGGUGAUUAAUAGUGACUACAGAUUGGAAGAAUUGCCAAGGGAAAAGAUCAAGCAGAGUAGUGUAAUAUCCCUGCCUUGGGUUGAUGUUCCCGAGCUUCCCACAGGAUUGCAAUGUCCAGAACUGAAGAUGUUUCUAUUUUUUGCGGAAAACAAUUCUUCCAGAGUCCCCGAUUCAUUUUUUGAAGGUAUGGGUGAACUUCGGGUCUUGGAUUUCUCCUGUUUAUCCUUUAAUUCGUUACCUUCAUCCAUGCAAUUCUUAGACAACCUUAGAACCUUGUGUGUUGACUGGUGGUCGGACGUGGAUGAUGUCACCGUUAUUGGGAAACUAAAACGACUACAGGUUCUGACCUUCAGGGGUUCUGGCAUUACUCGCUUACCAAAAGAAAUAGCACAAUUAAGUGAGCUGAGAAUAUUAGACCUGAGCAACUGCUCAAAGCUCGAGAAGAUUGAACCCGGUGUGCUGAAAUGCUUAGCUCGGUUAGAAGAGUUGAAGAUGGAAAAUAGUUUCACCAAAUGGGAGAAUGAGGGAGCAACAGAACGGAGUAAUGCCAGGCUCGCCGAGCUGAAUAAUAUGCCUAAACUAAGUAGUUUAGACAUUCUUAUCCCCGAUGCCACCUUGCUCCCGGAGGACCUGCCAAUUGGAAAUCUGUUCAAUUACAGAGUACUUGUAGGUGAUGAUUGGGAUUGGUCCAGCGACCAUAAAGAAUCAAGAACUUUGAAGCUCAAGCUGGACUCCCGAAAAACUCUCCUGGAAAAGUGGCUUCAGGCUACUCUCCCAAGGACUCAUGACUUGUAUUUAGAUGGAUUGAGAGGAAUCCAGAAAAGCAUUCAUGAGUUGAGCAUAGAAGGGUUUCAAGAGUUGAAGCAUCUUCAAGUGCAGAGCAGUCCCUUAGUCCAAUAUGUUAUUCGCUCAACAAAAUGGCUGCCAUGCUCUGCUUUCCCUAUGUUGGAAUCAUUAAUUCUUGAGAACUUGGUUAACUUGGAAAAGAUCAGUCAUGGCCAUCUCGCUCUCGAUUCCUUCAGCAAACUGAAAGUUAUAAAGGUCAGAAAAUGUGGAAAGCUUAAGAAUUUGUUUUGCCAUUCUCAGAUGAAGUGCUUCUCACAACUUGAAGAGAUAGACAUAAGUGCAUGUGAAAUGUUUAGGGAGAUCGUUGAGGAUGUAGGAGUGGAGAAUGAUGAAGACGAAGCGAUGGGGAAUGCAAAAGUUGAGAUGCCUAAUUUACGCCGGUUAACACUACAGAGCCUACCAGAGGUUAUGAGCUUGGGUAACAAAGUAUACAAUCCAUCAUAUCUAUCAGCAGGGAUUAAUUCAGAGAUUACGCUAGCGGAUGAUAUAAUCCAUCAUUUCUAUCCUAUCUCGCUUCCCUGCUUGGAGGCCUUGGAAUUAUCCCAACUACCCAAGUUGGAUGAGAUAUGGUGGAGGGACACGUUGCUGGAGCUAGAAAAUUUACGAGCUCUAAUGCUGAAGGAUUGUGGGAACCUCUCGAGCAUUUUCGAUUUCCAUUCACUAACAAAGCUUAGGAAUUUGGAAUCAUUAACUAUUGAAAGUUGCAUGACAGUGAAACAAGUUUUCGACCUGGAGGAGCUGAACCCUGAUGCAAAUGUCAGAAUACUCCCACAGUUGCGUGAAAUGGAAUUGGUCGAUUUGCCUGAUUUGAGGUGCAUGUGGAGUGGCAACCCUAAGGGAGUGUUUCAACUGCGAAACUUGAACUCUCUGAAGGUCACGAAAUGUAACAGCUUGAGUUAUCUCUUUCCUUUGUCUGCUGCAAAAGCUCUUAAGCAGAUCAAAGAAAUAGAAAUUGCUGAAUGUCUGAUGAUGGAGGCCAUCAUUAUUAUGAAGAAAGAGGAAGGACAAGCGACGGAGACUCUCGUGUUCCAAUCUUUAUCCUCCAUAAUUCUUGAGAAAAUGUCGCAUUUGGCAGCUUUUGCACUGGGAAAGUACUCAAUCAGUUUUCCUCAUCUGAAAGUGUUGAAGAUUGAAGAAUGCCCAAGAAUGAAAGCAUUCUCUCUGCAAGACUACUCAGUGCCAAGUGAAGGGGGUGCGCAUCUGAGGGAGGAGAACGCCGCAGCAGUGACUUCUCUAUCCUUCUUCAGUCGAAAGGAGCUCCUUCCAAGCUUGGAGGACUUGCAGCUUGUUUCAAUGGACAGCUUCAAAACCAUCUGGCACAACGAAGACCUGAUUUCCGAGGCAUCCUCCUUUCGCCGGCUCAGAUACACGCAUAUCAGAGACUGCAAAAACCUGACAACAGUUUUCCCGUCAGCUUUGGUAGAGAGGUUCCAGAAUAAUCUGAAAAAAGCUGCAAUAUACGGCUGUCCCUCGGUGGAAUUAAUAUUUGAAACAGCUGCUGGGGCGGAGAAGAAGAAAUGCAACCCUGCUGCGGUGAUGCUCCAUGAAUUAGAAGACCUGCUGUUAGAUGAUCUGCCAAAGCUGAAACACGUGUUGGAUUGCGACUCCCAUGCACUUGUGGGCUUUCCUAACCUGGAGAAAAUCUAUGUUGAAGGAUGUCACAGCCUUACUUAUUUCCUACCAUUUGCCAUGGCUAGAAAUCUUCUGAAACUGAAGUCAUUAUCUUUGGGUAAGAGCAACAACAUGCUGGAAGUUGUUGCCAACGUUGACGGAGGAGGUGGACAUGAUGCGUCGGAUCCCAUCUCCUUCCCCCGUCUAAAACUUUUGCAGCUGUGGGGCCUUAAAAGUCUGAUUAGUUUCUCUUCAGGAAGUUGUGCAUUUGAUUUUCCUUCCCUGGAAGAUCUUUAUAUUGAUCAGUGUAAUAAUUUGAAGACAUUUAUCAUGAGGCCUGCAACAACAAGCGAUCAUGAGUUGAUGAAGUUGAAUCGGAGAUUUGAAGAUGAUUUUAGUGCAGCAGCAACUGUAGGAACUCUCUCCCAACCUCUCUUCGAUGAGAAGGUUGAAUUUCCAAGAUUGGAGAAAAUAGAUCUUGAGGGUUUGGGGAAUCUGCUGAAGCUGUGGGAUGAUGAGCUUCCUUUAGGUUCCUUUUGCAAACUGCAGUCACUGAGCAUUAUGGAUUGCAAAAAUCUGCCAGCUAUCUUCCAAUCUAACGUCAUCGGAAGCUUCCUGAAGCUGGAGACACUACAAGUGGAAGACUGUGAUUCACUAGAAGAGAUAUUUCGUUUGCAAGGAAAAGAUUCAGCAGAAAUAUCUGUUCCAUUGAGAGAACUGAAGAUGGUUGGACUUCCUAGAAUGAAGCGUGUAUGGAAUAGAGAUCCUCAGGGAAGUCUCACCUUUGCUAAACUAGAGCGAGUAGAGGCUGAACGAUGCGGGAAACUUGAGUACCUAUUUCCAUCCUCAGUGGCCAGAGGUCUGUUGCAGCUUCAGGAGAUUGACAUCCUUAACUGCGCGGUCCUGGAGGAACUCGUCGCUAGAGGAGAAGUAUUAGAAGAAGAUGCGACUCUUCCUCCUGAGGAUCAGCUUCUUUUUCCACGGCUAAUCUCAUUAAAAUUCAGGAUACUGCCAAACCUGAAGAGACUUUUCCCUGUUAACUAUAGUAUGGAGUGGUCAUUGUUGAAGAAUUUAUAUGCAUAUGAGUGUGGCAAACUGAAGAUAUUUGCAUCUGAAUUACGACCAAGAAGUGAAGAAGACGAUACUGAUUCUCAACAAGCCCUCAUAUCCAUUGAACAGGUGAUCCCCAACUUGGAGUCAUUGGGUUUGGGCAGUGAGGAUGUUUUGACAAUACAGGAUAGUGAUUUUCCCGAUGACAUCUUCCGCAACCUCAAAACACUUUGCUUGGCAUCGAUUCGGGAGGGAUCAGCUGGUUUUCCAUCCAGAUUCCUUCUCGACAGGUUCCCAGAUCUAGAAAUAGAAAUUCUUGUUCUGUUUAAUUAUUUGUCUGAGGAGAUAUUCCCAGAUGAAGCGCUCGGUCCUCUGGGAACUAUAAUUUCAUAUAAAGAUGGAUAUUCCAAUGGUGGAAAGUAUUCAAAGGCGCUAGGGAAGUUGAGAGAACUUUCAUUGGUGGAACUGUCCAACUUGAGGUAUGUUUGGAAAGAAGGCUCCUUAGCCGCCGAGAUUCUCAAGAGAAUUAAUUCUUUGUAUAUACGGAGGUGUCACUGUCUGAAGACUCUACUCCCAGCAGCCUCUGCUUCUUUCAAGAACUUGACGGGGUUGUAUAUAGAGAAGUGUUAUGGACUGAUGUACUUGAUGACAACUUCAGCAGCUCAAGCUCUACCGAAACUGGCCAAUAUGACCAUAAGAGACUGCGAAGCGAUCAGAGAAGUAAUAGCUGCUAAUGAUAGCGAAGCAAGUGUAGAGAUUUCUUUCCCGCAGCUCGGGUACCUGGCACUUGACAAACUUCCGAGCCUCACAUGCUUCUCCUCAGCAAGUUGCAGCAUCACAUUUCCCUCCUUAGAAGAUACUUCCGUCCAAGAGUGCCCCAGUAUGAAGUUUUUCUCUUCUGGUGCCGUAUCAACACCAAAGUUAUACCAAGUAAAGAGUUCCUAUGUUUUGGUGUGGUUUAAUGAUCUGAAUACAACCAUACAGAAGUUAUAUUCCGAUUCUGGUUCAGACAGCUGAAACCUUUGGCCACCGUUGAUGGAAAGCUCAGGCAUGGAGGCUCAUGGCCUGAAAGAGGACUCGAAGAAAAAGAACCCAAGCUGGACGGCAUCAAGAGUGGACUGAAUUUUGUGCGGUGACCUGAUGUGUGACCCGAAAUUCUAUAGGUUUUGUAAAGCAAAACACCAUCCAAAGUUAGAAUUCUGUGGUGGAAGCGAAGGGCUUGGGCACUACAUGUUUUUAGAAAGAGAAAGAGUUAAUGAGCCAUGUGGAGAAUUGUCUGUAUGAGGCUUUCUGUAUUUGUACUCCGCUGUUACAGCAAUAAUAAGAAAACAGUCGAACAUCCUUUGCCCGUAGA